CUUGACUUAUUAUUAUUAAUCAGGUCGAUUUUAAGACAUGAAAUUACGCGAAGAGUAUUUUAAUUGAUUCUCUUAUCGCAGCAGUGAGUGUAAUAUAGAACAAAAUAGUUACUUGAUGGUUAUGCUUACAUAAAAUAACAACACGUAAAUAGAAAAAUAUGUCCGACUCCAAAAUGUCAUUAGAGGAAGACGCAUCGCUAGCAGAUAUGUUCUCUGAUGCAGGAAAUGAUACAAACAUCUCUAUUGCUGAAAAUGAUACAAACAUCUCCAUUGCCGGAACCUCCGACAAAGCUAGUUCUACGUCAGCGGAUCCCGAGCCUUCUGUAAAUAUCGAUGAUCCUGAAUGGAAAGGAGUAAGCAUGGAAGAGAUAUACAGGCACCAUGGGCCAUUUGACUGGCAUCAUUUGACACCAAUCCAUCCGUCAUCCUCCCAUACAGUUUUAUUUCAACUUCCUUUAGUUAAUCGUGGUCCACCAAAACCUUAUACAGCUCAAACAGCAAAUCACUGGUCUCAAAAUUAUGUGCGGAUGCCAUACUCCUCACACAGUCUUUAUCCAAUUAAUCCUGAAAACGAAAGUUCUGGUGGAUUGAGGCGCAGGUGGGACGUCAUCCAGGAAGCAUUAUUGCAAAAUUUUGUUUCCAGUCAUCAGCUAGAAGUUGCUAUUUUAUCUUACAAUCAUAAAUACGCAGAAAGAUGGAAUUUUGCUGCAUUACACAGUUUUUUUAAUGACUAUAUCGAUGAAGAAGAAAUGAAAAUGUGUUUGGGACAUUUAGUUCCAAAAAUCAUUCAACUAGCGCUUCAACUUCCUGACUUGGUCCCUGGUUCGAUACCUCUGUUAAGACGCCACUCAAAUAAGUCGAUCAGUUUAAGUCAGCUGCAAGUAGCUUCUCUUUUAGCAAAUGCAUUUUUUUGUACAUUUCCACGACGUAAUUCAACAAAUCCACAGUCUGAAUACGCGCUGUUUCCACACAUAAACUUCAACAGAUUAUUUGGAGCUCUUCACGACAAGCGAGCUUCUAGGCGUCAAGCUGUGAUGGAAAAAUUAAAGUGCAUUUUCCACUAUUUUAGAAGAGUAACAUCAAAAGAACCUGAAGGCACAAUAACUAUCCAGAGGAGGUAUAUACCCAAGAAUAAUUGUCCUAAUUGGGAUAACCAAAAUGUACGAUUACCACAACUUCACAUUACUAGUAAAGGAACGAUUGAGUCUGAAGGACUUGGUUUGUUGCAAGUUGAUUUUGCAAAUAAAUUUGUUGGUGGUGGAGUGUUGAGGUACGGCUGUGUUCAAGAAGAAAUACGAUUUGUUCUUUGUCCAGAGUUGAUGGUCACAAUGUUAGUUACUGAAUCAUUAGAUGAUACCGAGGCUCUUGUUAUUAAAGGGGUUGAGAGGUACAGUCUUUACGAGGGAUACGGCGAUCAUUUUACGUGGGCAGGAAAUUACAUUGAUGAAACUCCAAGAGAUAACAGUGGUAGAAUGAAAACUUGUAUAGUUGCAAUGGAUGCGCAGCGCUUCAAUCAACCUAAAACGCAAUACAAUACUGAAAAUUUAAUACGAGAAUUAAACAAGGCUUACGUCGGCUUUUUUUCGGAGAUUGCGUCCGAUAAUUUACCAGGUGUAGCUACAGGCAAUUGGGGUUGUGGAGCAUUUUCUGGAAACCCUCAACUAAAAGUAUUAAUUCAGCUGAUGGCUGCAGCGGUCACGGGGCGAUCGAUCACGUAUUUUACGUUUGGUGAUGAAAACUUGAGAGAUAGUGUCGCCGAAAUGUACUGGAACCUAAUUAAACAAGACAUGAAUGUUGGAAGAUUGUUUGUCUUAAUGUCCGAGUAUCAAGAUAUACCUACCAAAAAGCGUCAGGAUUUUUACAGUUUUUUGUACACUCGAAGUAAAAUGAAACCUUUGGAAAUGUACUUCAACGAGGAAAAGAAAAAUAAUUUUGUAAAAAAAAUUAGUCCCAAGAAAAACAAGUCCACCAACCAAAUUUUGCAAAAGUCUCCAGAAGCGAAAUCGCAAUUCAAUAAUGAUUUUAAAAAAUACGCGUCAAUCGCCAAAUUAAAGGAAAAUCAACUAGAGGAAAAGAUCGAAAAGUGGCUAGAAGAUGUGGAAGACGACAACGGUGUCGCUGGUCUUGGUUCAAAUCAAAUUGAAAAUAAAGAAAAAGUAGACGGCAAACAAAAUGUAAAUAUGCCAAUUACCAAUGACGGAAACGAGAGUCAACAACUUGAUUCCGUAUCUGGCGAUUGCAAAGAGACGUCAACGCCGUUGAAAAAAAAGAAACAAUCAUUUGCAGAACUUUUUGGGGAAAAGUACGACGACCCACCUAAAAAGAGGAUUUCUUCUCUCGAUACCUUUGAUCAGUUAAUUUUAGAAGAAGCAACUAAGAAACAAUCGAAAAGUGAAGAGCCAAUGGAAGUUGAUAUAAGCGUUGUCGAAAAAAACAGUGACCAGAAUUUUAUAAACAGAACAAGCUCACCCAUAACGAAUAAGAGUAUAAAAAAUAGCAAAAAAGGCACACAGAUGAAAAUACAUGACUUUUUUAAAAAAAAAGACACGUGA